UAUAGAAUAUAGCACAUGGUAAAGUAAAUAUGGGACUUGACAAAAUAAAAGUCAUCGAAGAUAAAGUAAAAUACACAGUUUUCAAUGAUCCUGUUCAUGGCACCAUUUCUCUUCACCCAUUUCUGGUUAAAAUAAUUAACACACCACAGUUUCAAAGGCUCCGAAAUAUCAAACAACUUGGAGGAGCUUACUUUGUCUACCCAGGUGCUUGUCAUAACAGAUUUGAGCACAGCAUUGGAACAGCGCAUUUGGCAGGAAAACUUGUCCGCCAGUUAAAGGAAAAUCAACCAACGCUUGGAAUUAAUGAAAAAGAUAUUCUUUGCGUGGAAAUCGCGGGCCUCUGUCAUGAUCUUGGCCACGGCCCAUUCUCCCACUUGUUUGAUAAUAAAUUCUACAAGGCAGUGGAUGCAAAGAAAAUUCCGCAUGAAAAGAUCUCGUAUGAAAUGUUGGAAUAUUUACUCGCGGAUGAAAGAAAUCAAUUCAAUCAAGCAAAUCUCCGAUUAUGUAAAAGUGAUAGGACUUUCAUAAAAGAAAUGAUCACCGGGGAAACAGAUGAAAAUAAUCCAGGACGACCGUCUGGAAAAGAGUUUCUGUAUGAGAUAAUUUCUAAUGAGCGAAAUAAAGUUGACGUGGACAAGUGGGAUUACAUUGCAAGAGAUUGCUAUCAGCUCGGAACGCAAAAUGGCUUCGAUCACAAUCGUUUCAUGGAAUUAAUGAGAGUAUGUAAGGUAAAAGGAAAACGGCAAUUGUGCGUUCACAAGAAAGAAUGCUUUAAUCUAUACCAAAUGUUUCACACAAGGUAUUGCCUUCAUCGUAGGGCUUACCAACACCCCGUUGUUAAUGCCGUUGAGGAAAUGUUCACCGAGGCUUUGGUUCAUGCUAAUGAACACGCUAUCGAUGGUAUUAAAUUGUCAGAAUGUGCAAACGAUUUAGGUGUCUUCAUGAAGCUUGAUGAUGGUAUUUUUCAUACAAUUUUGAAUUCGACAAAGGAGGAACUGGAGAAGUCAAGAGAAAUACUUGAAAAGAUAAUGAGAAGAGAAAUUUAUCGGACAGUGGCAAACGAGAAGAUGAAGGAUCACCAACAAAAGUACACGGAAGAAUUUAUAAAAGACAAGAUUGGUUCCCAACAAAAUCUUAAGGAACAUUUGAUUGUAAAAAUAGUGAAGCUAAACUACGGAAUGAAAGAAGGGGGAAAUCCCAUUGAUUUAUACAAUUUUUAUUCUAAAAUCCCCCCGGAUGUUGCUUCACCAAUUCCAAAAGACGAAAUUUCCAGCAUGCUACCACCUGUAUUCGAAGAAUUUCGGUUGCAAAUAUUCUGUAAAAAUCCAGAAAAGGAAAAGUGUAAGGACGCUAAGAAAGCAUUUGAAUCUUGGUGGAAAAAAGAUAUGCAGGAAGCACUCAAGAGAAAGUCAGAUGACAAUCCAGGUACUAGUAAAAGAACCUGUGAAGAAGAAACAAAGUGUGAAAGUUCGAAUCCGAUUCUAAUGCCCAAAAAUAAAACUAUAUCACCUACACGGAACUACACGGAAGAACGUAUAAAAAAAAAGAUUGGUUUCCAACAAAAUUUGAGGGAAGAUUUGAUUGUAAAAGUAGUGAAGCUAAACUACGGAAUGAAACGGAAAAAUCCCGUUGAUCAGUAUAAUUUUUACUCUAAAAAAAAAGCGAAUGUUGCUGAUUCAAUUUCGAAGGACGAUAUUUCCAGCAUGUUGCCACCUGUAUUCGAAGAAUUUCGACUGCAAAUAUUCUGUAAAGAUCCAGGAAAGUUUCAAGACGCUAAGAAAGUUUUUGAAUCUUGGUGGAAAAAAGAAAUGCCGAAAGCACGCAAGAGAAAGUUAAAAGCCGAACAAGGCACUAAUUAGAGGGCCUGUAAAGGAGUAGCAAGUUUAGCACGCAAAUGAAGAAGAAAUAUUUUGGCUGUAUCACAUCCUAAAUCAACAAGUUAUGCUUAAAUUGUACAUCUUGAAAAUUUAAUUUUUCAUUGAAGAUUUAACAGAAUCAGUUUAUUCUACGUUAUUGACUAUUACUUUAUAUUUCAAUAGAUUGAUUUGCUUUAUAGAAUAGAAUAAUGUAUG